CAUUAAGUUGUGUAUGUAAUGGAUUUUUUAUUUAAUAAUCUACUUUGAAAGCCGAUAUUUUCCAUCAAACGUAAGAAUUGUGCUUUGCACGAAACCGAAUACCAGGUGCGUUGACGUCACCAGGAAAGCGGAUUUCACAACAAAAGCAACAUAGCGACCUGUUUUUCAUUUUACCUUAUCGAAACGACACAAAAAACACGGCAAAAUAGCUGGGAAAUCUCGCGCGAUGAUAACGAAUUGCUUGGCAUUGAUUAGAGUUGCGUCUUGCAAAAAAAGGUGGAAGAACAUUCGGGACAAUUAUUACAAACAAAAAAAGAACACCCAAAUGCCAACAGGAAGUGCCUCAAAAAACCGGAAAAGAAAUCCAAUUUUGGAGCAGUUAGGGUUUUUAGAUGUUGUUGAACAUAAAAGAAGCGUGCUGACAAAUAUGCAAGUUGAUAAUAUACAAUCGGUUGCUAGGGAAGCGAACACUGAAAUUAACGCAGAAGAAUCUGACGAAAGUAUACAGGAGGAAAUACCGCUUGAAGUGCCAACAUGCAGCGCGUCGUAAAGAAAGCCAAA